AUGGCUUCUCCUUCGAGAAUCCCCUCUGAACAGCCCCCUAGGUCUGCUUCGCCCUCGAGCUUCCGACCUCGAUCGAUUUCCGCUUCGGUCCCUCGAGCUGAUUUGACAGCGCGUCUUGCUUCUCCCAUCCCGUCACAACUACUUGGGACUACACCUCCCAGAGGAGGCUCGCCACGACCUGAUGCAGCUCCACGUGCCGAGAAUCUCGAGGAUUUGUCCCAGUUGCCUGGAAGCGGGACUAGCGCCCAAGGACCUGGUGUAUCUGCUCUCGCCGCUGCGCUCUCCAAUUCUCUAGGCCAGUCUCCUCCCCGACAUGGCACUCCCGCAGCUCGCGUUGCUACUCCCCCGAUUCGCUCACAGUCUCCUCUGCUCGGCGGUCGAAAUUCGGGGACACCGACCAACUAUGGCUCUUUCAAUUCACGGUCACAAAAUGCGCUGGGCACUAGUGCACCUUACGAGGAUCCCGAGAUUGUCAAGCGUCAUCUAGUCCAACCCUCGGAUGAAAACCCAGGCUCAGAAGAGUCAUCAAUUCAAGGUCAUUCGAAGGGCAAGCAACCAGCCGAAAUCGGCGGUGCCGGACUGGGCGAGGACGAGUUCUCCAGCCUGAAGUUGCAGGGAGGUGAUGUGACUCGAGGUAUCUACAAGUGGACCGAACAGGCAGAAGCGAGAGCAAAGUACAACCGCAGCAAGAGUUUCGAUUUGGGACGACCUGAACCCGAGGCCGAGGUACUUGACAUCAACUCGAUAAAGGUGCCCGGUGGCUUUCGAAGAAAUCAUCUCCGCCGUAGCGUCCAGAGCCCUGGUCCUCAAGGUCAUCCCGAGGAAGGCCACGCCUCUCCUGCGCCAGGCCAGCAGAGAUUGUUCACCUCCAGCUUCCUCGAAUUCUUGACGAUUUAUGGCCACUUCGCUGGUGAGGAACUGGAGGAGGAUGACGAAGACUUGGGACCGAACGAGUACUUCUCAUCCGGAGAAGACACGGACGAGUACAACUCGGACGACGAGCGGGAGCCUAUGGAGGACAGCGCCUUGUUGACACCUUCAAGACGCAGACGCAAGCGCAAGGUCCGCGGUGGCACUGGAAACAAUAGUCCCAUGAACGCGGCCUUGCUGCUUCUCAAGUCCUUUGUCGGUACCGGUGUCCUCUUCCUUCCGCGAGCCUAUCUCAACGGAGGUAUGCUCUUCAGCAACCUGAUUCUCUUUGGCGUUGCCGCUCUGAGCUAUUACUGCUUUGUGCUUCUAGUAAAAACGCAGCUCAAGGUUGGAGGCUCUUUUGGUGAUUUAGGUGGUGCACUUUACGGCAAACAUAUGCGCACCCUUAUUUUGGCUUCCAUUGUCAUCAGCCAGAUUGGUUUCGUUGCCGCUUACACCGUAUUCACUGCCGCUAAUUUGCAGGCCUUUGUCAGAGCUGUUUCCGACUGCAAGUCCUCGAUCAGUAUCCAAUGGCUCAUUCUUAUCCAGAUGCUCAUUUUCCUACCAUUUGCUCUUCUACGAGAUAUUGGAAAACUCGCAUUUACUGCUCUAGUCGCGGAUGCCUUUAUUCUGAUUGGUCUGGCUUACCUCCUGUACUACGAUAUUCUGACCCUCAACGCCAACGGUAUCUCCGAUAUCAUCAUGUUCAACAAGAAGGAUUGGACCUUGUUCAUUGGAACUGCCAUUUUCACCUUCGAAGGCAUUGGUCUCAUCAUUCCCGUUCAGGAGUCGAUGAGACACCCUCAAAAGUUUCCUCGGGUUCUUCUUAUCGUUAUGAUUAUCAUCACGGUACUCUUUAUUGGCAUGGGUGCCAUCUCUUAUGCUGCCUACGGCUCUCAGACCGAAACUGUUGUCUUGCUCAACUUGCCUCAGGACAACAAGAUGGUCAACGGAGUUCAGUUCCUGUACUCUGUUGCCAUUUUACUUUCUACACCAUUGCAAAUCUUCCCUGCCAUUCGUAUCGCUGAAACAGAGCUCUUCACUCGCAGUGGCAAGUAUAACCCUUGGGUCAAGUGGCAGAAGAAUGUCUUUCGUUUCUUCGUGGUGAUGCUUUGUGCGGCCAUUGCUUGGCUCGGUGCCGACCAUCUGGACAAGUUCGUUGCUCUCGUUGGUAACUUUGCCUGUAUUCCACUUGUCUUUAUCUAUCCUCCUAUGCUUCAUUACAAGGCGAUUGCCCGCACGAAGUUUUGGAAGGUGGCCGAUAUCCUGCUCUGUAUCUUUGGAUUCGUCGCAAUGGCAUACGCUACCACACUUACUGCGAUGAGUUGGGCCACUGCGGAGCCUAAGCAUCCGGGAUACUGUGACGAGAGGGGAACAAUGACACGGCAAACUCGACCUCCGCCUCCUCCGCCCUUUCAGACUGUCGCUACAUGUCCAGAGCCGACAUGCGGAUGCGCGGCUACUCCUGCUAUGCCAGAGGAUCUUCCUCUGGACCGUGAGGGACCCCUCAAAGGCGCAAUUGCUGGGUAUGCAGAGCAUGUACUAGUGUGUACAGGAAAUGCAGAUUGGCCAUCGAGAAUAGAGGAUGAUAAUGGCGGCGAUUGCCUCGCUGCGGAUCUGAAAGAAUUGUUUGGGCGUGGAGGGACUUAUAGCGAUCCUUUUCAUAAUGUUUCUGUUCUCAACUCUUCGUUUCCGAGUUCUGUGUCACCACGUCCUGAAGUUCAGACCACAUCCGUCUAUCUAGUCCCAAGCUUCAAAUACGUCCCGUUUCUACCGCGGGUGUCGUUUGAUAGUGUAGAAGCACUGGCUAAGGGGUUUCUGCUCCCUAAGAAGCUUCACCCUGCACAUGAAGGUCUCUCACCUAUACAUCGGGAUCGCUUGACCCGCAAAGAAGGGUACCAGGGACUACUACCAGGCGUUCAAGAUGUCCACGAUGUUUUGGUCUUGAUAUGUGGGCAUACAGGACGUGAUGCGAGAUGCGGUAUCAUGGCGCCUGUUCUGCAAACUGAGUUUGAGGACAAGUUGGAGAUGGAGGAUUUCGACGUCUUGCAUGGGCCCGUGCAAGUUGAUCUCGGCGACAAACAAAGAAUACAGGGAGAAACUGGUGAAGGAAAGACUACAGCUAGAGUUGGAUUGAUCAGUCACAUCGGAGGUCAUAAGUUUGCUGGCAACGUCAUUAUUUAUCUGCCUCCAGACCUGAAGGUGGGCGAUGCGCCUCAUCCUUUGGCUGGAUGCGGAAUUUGGUACGGAAGAGUUGAUCCAAAGAAUGUGGAGGGUAUUGUAAAAGAGACUAUUCUAAAGGGAAAUGUGGUUGCGGAUAUGUUUAGAGGAGGUAUUGACGCUGAGCAUAAGAUGUUGAGGAUAAUCUCAUCUCAGAACCUCACGACCUCAUCGCGACCUCAGCAACACGCUUCUCAAAAACCAGACUUUUCUACACCUCUUCAAUCACGAAUAUUCCCCUCUCUAAUCGUCGUCGGAAUAGUUCUUGUCAGUGGUGGCUACUAUCUUCUCACGCCGCCGUCUCGACCCAACACUCUCAACGAGAUAACCUUUGUUCCCUACGGUAUCACAGCUCGUGAGGCCAUCUCACCAACCUCAUUCGUCAUCACCGCAGUUCCGCGCACACCAAACCCUUCUCUACCAUAUUUGGACCCCUCAGAUAACCGCUGGAGGUACCCUCUUUGGUCUGUGGAGUUCAAGCAACCCGAGGUGCAAAUCUCUCGACAUUAUACGCCCCUUCCUCCACUGUCUACAGAGGAUCCUACAGAUGGCUUACUCCGAUUUUAUAUCCGGACUGUUGGCGAUGGUGAGAUGUCCAAUUAUCUAGGUCGGAGACAGGUUGGAGAAGAUGUUUUCCUACGUGGUCCACACGUUGGCUUCGAACUAGCAGAGCGAUUGGGCGAGCACUCUCGUCUUGUCUUUCUUGCCGGCGGUACAGGUGUAGUGCCUGGUAUACAAGCAGCUAAGGCUGUCUUGGAAGCGAACGAAAAGUCAAGCGUUGACCUUCUCUGGGCUGUAAGGAAGAGAGAAGAGGUUCAAAAAAGCGCUCCUCCUCGGCAAUCAUCGUGGAAGUUUUGGCAAGAAAGGAAGCCCAGUCCAUUAGGAUUUGACGUCGAGAGCCCUAGCCCCGUCACAAAGCGCUUACAAGACCUUAAGAUGACCUAUGGUGAUCGUCUAAGGAUCCAGGUCGUUGUUGACGAGGAGGGAACUCGCUUCCAGGAUAGGGAUAUUAGCAAUGCCAUUGCAGCAUCGCCAGGAACGGUUGCUUCAUUUAAUGCAGGCUGUCGACUCCACGAUCAAGCGAUGCAUGUUUACGCCUCCGAAUUCACCCUCGCUGAAGGGCCUGGUUGUGUGUGUAAGCCUUCUGAAUGCACCGCCCUCGGGAAAAACUUGUUCAUCGUCUCUGGCCCCGACGGUUUCAUUGAGUACUAUGCCGGGCCCAAGAUAUGGUUAAAUGGCCAGCAGACUCAAGGUCCGAUAUCUGGCAUAGCUGGCUAUCUGCAAAAACAGAACCCUCUACUGGCAAGAGAUUGGCUAAUCCUCAAGAUGUAA